GGAAUGUGGAGUUGCUUGCUUUGGUUAUUGUUUGGGAAUUUAUUUUUGCUGCUGUUUCUUAGGGACACAGCAGGUCAGGAGAGAUUCAACAGCAUUACCUCAGCUUAUUACAGAAGUGCCAAGGGGAUUAUCUUAGUAUAUGACAUCACUAAGAAGGAGACGUUUGAUGAUUUGCCAAAAUGGAUGAAGAUGAUUGAUAAGUAUGCUUCAGAAGAUGCAGAGCUUCUCUUAGUUGGAAAUAAGUUGGACUGUGAAACAGACAGAGAAAUCACCAGGCACCAGGGUGAAAAGUUUGCACAACAGAUAACUGGGAUGCGGUUCUGUGAAGCAAGUGCCAAGGAUAACUUCAAUGUGGAUGAGAUAUUUCUGAAACUCGUCGAUGACAUUCUGAAAAAGAUGCCUCUGGAUAUUUUAAGGAACGAGUUGUCCAAUAGUAUCCUCUCAUUACAACCAGAGCCCGAGAUACCGCCAGAACUGCCUCCACCAAGACCACACGUCCGAUGCUGUUGAUAGGCUGCUUUGGAGACAAAGCGGAAACAGUUCCUGGAAAGGGGAAAAACGUUCUAUUCUGCACUACAAUCAUUUUGACAAUUUCCUUUCGCACUUUGUAAUCCAAGUCAGAGCUAUACACUAACUUGUAAAUAUGCAGAUAUGCAAUCUUGGGUAAGUUUUGGUUAUAAGUUGCCUAUAUCCCUCCAAAUUAUUCUGUUUCACUCAUUACCCAGUGUCUAGUGUACACUGGGAAACAUCGUACUUCUAAUAAGAAGAAUGGGAGAAAUGAAAAGUAUCAUGUUUCUUGAAAUAAACAAUUGUCCUUGUUAAUUAUAUUUCGAGGACAGAAAAUACUCUGGUAAAAAGAGAGAACGUGGUGCUUUGCUUACUGUUAUAAAGAAAAUUUGUUAAAGACUUUGAGGAAAAAAAAGCUAUCUUAAGUGCUUUUUCUUUAUUUACAAGACAUUUCCCCAUCAGUAGCAUCUUUAAAGUAUUGGAGUGUUUCUGCUACAAAGCAAAGCUCCAUUCAUGGCCAUCAUUGAAGGUUAUUUAUUAAUAUUAUGUAAUAGUAGGAUAUUACUAGUUUAGAGGGUUGGAUUUGACUUGGUCCUAAGGCCGCAGAAUCUCUCUCAUGGUUUUCUAAGGGAUAUACCCUUAUGAUUUGAAGAACUACAAAGAUUCAAUAAAGAAAGAAAUGUUUUUGAAACUAUAGAAAAAGAUUUUAAAACAACGCUGCUGUCCUAAACAAAUCCUGUUUAAAGGAAUUUUAAAGAGAUACAUUUUACUAUAUCAAAGAACAUACAUGUAUUUGCCUAUAAACAUUCUGUACCUUUGUAAUGAUGAAACUUCUCUCCUUUAUGGUGAAGCUUAUUCCAAUUAAGCCUAGACUGUGUUCAUUUUUUUUUUUUUUUUUUUUUUGGUCUGAUAAUGAAUUUGUGAACUCUAUCUUUGGUAUAUCUUUUAUUAAACUGCACUGUUUUGUUUAGUCAAGGUAAAUAAGUAAUUAUGUAUUUGAAUAACUUGGCGUGUCUUGAGUGUUGUGGUAUGAAAAGCAUUGUGGUCUUUCUACACUAAUGAAGUGCAAAUAAAAUUUUGUAUUUAUGAAUGACA